UGAAUUUUUUGCAUUAGUUGGUGCUGCAUUCUUUUUAACACGCUUAUAAAAUAGCGUGCGCAUUUUACAAUUUAUUGAGCUAAGCAGAAAAUAGCUGCAAGUCCGCCAUGCUAUACUUGGAGGACUAUUUGGAGAUGAUUGAGCAUCUACCACAAGAGUUGCGCGACCGCUUCACAGAAAUGCGCGAACUCGAUCUGGCUGUGCAGAAUAAUAUGGACUCGCUGGACAAGAAGUCCCGUCUGUUUUUCCAGCAAUGCAAGCGCGGCGAACUACAAAACGAGUCCAUCAAUACUGAAUUCCACAACCUGCGCCGUGAGUACUACAAAGUGAUGGAGGACGCUGAGGAAAAGGUGGCCAUAGCCACACAGAUUCAUGAGCUUGUCGAGCGUUACUUGAGACGCCUAGACAGCGAGCUUUUUAAGUUCAAAUGUGAGUUGGAGGCUGACAAUAAUGGUAUUACUGAAAUAUUGGAGAAACGCUCUUUGGAGCUCGAUGGUAACAACUCGUCAGCGGCUACAGCUUUGCUUAUGAGCAUUACAAAAGAGAAUCGUUAUUAUGGCGCUAACGUCGGCAACAGUGUAAUGACCACGAGUCUUAACAGCAGCUCGGGCAUCCUCACAAGCUCCGGCGGAAGCCUGGGAACUGCCAGCGUCUUGGGUGGCGGAGGUGGUAGUGUUGGCGGUACCAGUGUUUCCAGUGCUGGCGCCGGCAUUACUGCUCUCAGCAGCUUGACCAGCGCCCAGAUAUCCGGCAAUGCUGUGGGUCAUCCACGCCAUCGCAAGCUAGAUAAGCGCCGUGAAACGAUUUGCACAGUGCCCUUGCCGGAGAAACGCGUUAAUUUAAAUCAUUCGUUGCCAACCGUGAGCAACGCUGGCGCCGGCGCUGCUGCCGUCAAUGCAUCUGCAAAUCAUGUGAGCAGCAGCACUAAUAAUACCAACAGCAUUAGCAGCACGGGAAGCAGCAAUACUCAUGUCACCUUGCCAGUAGCUGGAAGCGCUGUUCCAGUUGCCACCGCUGGUGGUGCCGGUGCCACAGUUGUCCGGCAGUUAUCCUCGAAUUUGACAGCACAUGGCGUGUUGCAGAGCAAUGCAGCUGCUACUGCUGUUGCAACCAAUGCUGGCACUUCCACCAGUCAUCCCAGCACCAGCACAGUAAGCUACAACCUCCAGCAAUUAGGCGGCGUGGGAGCCGCCUCGAGUGCUAUUGCAGCUGCCGCAAGCCAAGCCAUCGUGGCCACCCAACAAAUGCAGCAGGGCCGACGCACAGCCAGCUUGAAGGCCAGCUAUGAGGCAAUACAUGGCGCCGGCGUGGCCGGUAAUAACGAAUUCUGGACAGCCGCUAAUGUGGUAGCGGCGCAGAGUACCAUUCAGCCCAGCUCGGCAGCAUUAGGUGGAGCUAGCAGCAGCACCUCCCAUCAUCAUCACCACCAUCAUCAGGAGAAGAAGCAGAAAAAGAAACUGGGGAGCGGUAUUACCAUGACCAACACGCUGGCGGUACAAUCAAUGGCCAACUCCUCUUCCGGAAACUCUAUCGCUUCGUCCUCAUCCUCAAUGAGUGUCGAUUCUGUGGACAUGUUGUCAAACGCUGCCACCACUGCCAUAGGCAAUUUGGGCCACAAUCCGUUGUCGCUGAGCACAGUUUCCGGAGCUGUGACAGCGGCUGCUGGUCACACAUCCACGAUUACACCAUCCAGCAACGUAGCUAAUGUGUCGAAUGUGGCCAGCGGUGGCGUAAGUACCACCUCUAUGGGUGGUGGUAUGCCUAGCACUUCAAUAGCCCCCGGUGCUAAUCUGACGAUUGGCGAAAAUGGAUUGGUCGUUGAGCAGACAAACGAGGGCGAAUGGUCCUACGAUCCGAACGAGCCCCGCUACUGCACCUGCAACCAGGUCAGCUAUGGUGACAUGGUUGCUUGCGACAACGACGCUUGUCCCUACGAAUGGUUCCAUUACCCAUGUGUCGGCAUUACCCAGCCUCCCAAAGGCAAAUGGUAUUGUCCGAAGUGCACGGCCUCCAUGCGUCGUCGUGGCAAUCGCAAGAAUUGAUGUCGAUUGCCAAUGCUAUAGCUAUAAUCAGCAGCGCGCAGUUGUAUUUUUACUUCGCCUCCUCCACAACCUUUCCCGCUUCAUUGCGGAUGCUAAUAAAAUUGGUCUACUGUGGUCGUUAGUUACGGAUAAAUACAACCAAAUUAUAACACAUAAA